UUUGGAGUUUAUUAUAGCCUUGCGUGGACUAAUAAAUAUAUGAAACCAUCACCUUCACUCUGAUGGGACAACAGAGAUACAAAUCGCUUAAGAUAAUUAGUAUCUCAAUAGGCCUAUAUGUGAGACAAUAGGCAUUUCUUACGAGAUAGUAUUUGACCUAUAUCAGGAGAUAAUUAAUAUCAAAGUUAAGAUUUAUGGAAUUUAUGAAAGGCCAAAUGAAUGAAGAGCCUUCAAAUAUAUUACAACACGAAUUUAAAUGAGAUCAUUGAUGGAGAGAAUAAGACGAUUUUGACGUCAUCUAAAACGGAUGCUAAAGACUGAUUUAUGGAAACGGGAAACAGAGAAACAAACAGCAAUUAAAACGUUUAGGGAUAUAUCAUUUUAAAGGAACUUGAGAUGGCAUCAAAGAAAGGCAGCAAACCUGAGAAACACCUUACAUUUAACCUCCCAGACAUAAACGCGUCCAAUACCACGGGCGGGGGAAGGAGGAAAAGUACCUUUGGGUCUGAGCGUACUCCAAGCCCUAGCAGGCGAAAUUCAGGUCACCUUAACACAGCCAAAGACCAACCCACCAGACGCCCCCAUCGUAGAUCUACCCUUUCUGUCAUACAGGAUCCCGAGGGUGGUGAGACACUGCAGGUCCAAGAUCUCGCGAGAUCACAAGAUAGACGUGGGAGUUCAUCACCCAGGCGUGGGUCAAAUUUUGCCAUAGCAACGGAAGCUGGAGAAGACAUUGAAACAACGAUUGAGACAAGACAGAGUUUUGAUAGGUCAGUUAAUAGAUGUAGUAAUAGUAGAAUUAUAGAAGAGAAUGUACCCUAUCGUAAAUGAGGAUACGGGUCACAAUACAU